GCAGUCACCUGUAGACAUGCGGAAGUGAAGCGAGGAUGAGCUUCAUGUUGAAGGUUUUUGGAUGAUUUCAUGAUGGACUGAUGUUAAUGAGCUGCAUACAGGAACAUGGGUUUUCUUGUUGGAUGUAUUUUUCUCUGAGCGAAUUUCUCAUCAACUUCGGAACAACUUCAACAUGUUUUUUAGGACUGUCGAGGAAAGCUUUGAGCUGUCGGACAGACAGAAAGAAGGUUACACCACUGAGCCUUUACUUCCUUCUACGCCCGCCCACAGGACGUAUGACUACAUACUGGUGGCCCACAAGGUGAACGAUGACACAGACCUGAAGGCUCAGAGACAGAGAGCCUUCAUCCAGCAGCUAGAGAAGAAAAAUAUCACUGUCACUACGAUCUUCCAUGAUGACAAAGUGUUUUUCGGCCUUCGUGCUCCCAUUGAGAUGUUCAAAGACUACCAGUACCUGCUCAAAGUCUCUGACUCCUGCAACUGGUGUGGCGAUGUAAGGGGCUCCAUCACCCAGGCUACAAGGAUCCGAAUUGUCCAUUUCAUCCUACAUCAGACCUUCAUCAACACAGGAGAGAACCUGAAGGAACUGUUGGUGAAGGAUGUGUUUGAAACCAUGUUCUGCCUCCAUGAGAGAAAGAAGCAGAAACAGCUGAAGAGGAAGUGGGCUCGAUGGUCGGGUCUUUUUACAGGCCAACCAGUCAACGAAGUCAAAUGUUACUUUGGAGAGAAAGUGGCUUUGUACUACCUGUGGCUAGGCUGGUAUACCAAACUGCUGGUUCCAGCUGCUGCUCUGGGUGUUGUAGUUUUCCUUUAUGGACUUGCCUUUUUUAACACAAACCCUCUCAUUAAGGAAGUUUGUCAGUCCAGCAUCAUUAUGUGUCCUCGCUGUGAUAAGAGGUGUACCGUGUGGGAGCUGUCCGACACCUGCACCUACGCUAAGGUCAGCCACCUGUUUGACAAUGAGGGGACUGUGGCUUUUGCUAUGUUCAUGGCAAUCUGGGCCACUCUGUUCCUGGAGCUGUGGAAGAGACACAGAGCCAGACAUGUCUCUCAGUGGAAGGUCUAUGACUGGUGUGAGGAGGAGGAGGAACUAAUUCUGGAAAUAGUCAAUGACCCAAACUGUAAACCCAAGCAGUUCAGACACUCCUACCUGCGCAGCACUCUGGUCCUCAUUCUGGUAACUCUCAUGCUGAUGCUGAUCAUCGGCCUGGCUCAUGCCCUGGUGGUGUUUCGAGUGGUGGCCGCCCCCUUGAUGUCUGAGGGUAGAUGGGAGUUCAUCCGGGAUCAUGCCAACACUGUGGCUGUGAUGCUUGGAGCUGUGCUGCACUAUGUCACCAUUCAGAUCAUGACCCGGGUAAACAGAUGGGUGUCGCUCAAGCUGUGUGACAUAGAGAAGACAAACUCAUUUGCGGCCACAGAGAGGAACUUCACAGUCAAGAUGUUCACCUUCCAGUUCUUCACUCUUUUCUCCUCACUCUUCUAUGUGGCCUUCUUCCUGGGCAGGAUAAAUGGCCAUCCAGGGGACUAUGUGCGUAUCGCUGGAUGGAGACUGGAGGAGUGCCAUCUUAGUGGUUGUUUGACAGACCUCUUCAUCCAGAUGGCUGUUAUCAUGCUGCUCAAACAGACUCUCAACAACAUCUUUGAGUUCAUUGUGCCCUGGUUGAAGAGCAUUCUGACCAGAAACACUACAAAGAAGUUGCAGAGGAAGUGUGGUCACUGUUACAGGAAGUCCUGCCGGGACGAACAGGGACGUGUUGAACCGUGUGACAUCUGCAAACUUCGGCACUGGCUAUCUAAUUACAACUUGGCCAACACGGACGCCUUCAGUCUGUUCAAUGAGUUCCUGGAGAUGGUGGUCCAGUUCAGUUUCACCACCAUAUUUGUAGCAGCGUUCCCCCUUGCCCCCCUGCUCGCUCUCGUCAACAACAUCUUUGAGAUCCGCCUGGACGCCAUCAAGAUGGUCCGCCUGGAACGGCGGCUGGUUCCUAGGAAGACCAACGACAUCGGUGUGUGGACGAAUGUGUUGGAGGCCAUCGGUGUGUUAGCAGUGAUUGCUAACGGUCUGGUCAUUGGAGUCUCAUCAGACUUUAUUCCACGCCUUGUCUAUCGUUACCGUUAUGGCCCCUGUGCUAAUGGAAGCACUCACACACACUGCAUGCAGGGCUACAUUAAUGACACGCUCUCCACGGCUUUUGUGACGCACCAGGCAGUUGAAAAGGACUUUCUUCCAAAUCAGAUGUUCACAAACGGCUUUAAUGUCACACAGUGCAGCUACAGAGACUACAGGAGUGAUGAAGACUACACUCUUACUUCUCAGUUCUGGUUGGUUUUGGCUGUGCGCUUUGCCUUCGUCAUCUUGUUUGAGCAUGUUGUGGUGGUGUGUAAGUUUAUCGCAGCCUGGUUCGUUCCCAACAAUCCCAUUCAUGUGAAGAACGAUCGGCUGCACGACAAACUUUCUCGGCUGAAAGAGGAGUUACGUGAACUGAAACGCAGUAUAUCAACAGACGUCUGACCUCUGAGCUGACCUCAGAUCUGCUUCCACUGAGUCCUGACUGGUUCAAAUGUCAAAGGGAAAGAUGGUGUCUUCUUUUUAUAUAUUGUAUUUGCUGUUGGAACUGUACAAAACUGUAAUGUUGUGUGAGGUUUAUGUGUCAGGGUAUAAUUUGGACUUUUAUUACUCCUGCUGAGAUGUCACCACAAAAUCAUCACACUAAAUGUAACACAACUGUCAUGUCAUGUUUUUAUAUUAAAGUGUAAGAAAGAAAUGUAUUAUUGUCAUUUAAUGUUAUUAAUAAGUCCAAGAAGACUUGGUAAAGGAACAUUUCAUCAGUUUCCUGCCCACCGUUGGAUGAGAACAUCAUUACUGUACAUUUUAAAUGACGUCAAUAAACAACACAUUUAUUUUUUAAAUGGGAAAACCUUAAACAGAAUUAUAAGGUUG